AUGCAUUAUGCCCUGCUGCGUCAUUCUGCAGCAUCUAUUGGUUUCCAUAUCAUCAACAUGGAGAAAAUUAAGUCAAAAGGUCAAAAAGAAACAUCGUCUCCGAUACUGGGAAUCGAACCCAGGGCUGCUCGGAUCUUCAUGAGAGCGAGCGAUGUUAGCCACUACACCAUAUCGGAUUAUCUUGUUGAAAGCCACCGCCCUAUUGCUAACUGUAAACGGCGCGCCACUCCAGCCCCGCAUUCAAUCCCGCUCCGCGCCGCGAAUCCGUCUCACUGUCCGAUUCCUUACAACCAAAAGUAUUACAAGUAUGAAAUUCGCGAUAGUCGAAUACUUGCCCAUUUGCCAGCUCCCUAUAAAACAACCAACACUUAAGCACAAGGUCCCUCGCCUCUACAAGU